GGCCUAGAGGCUCUCCGCUGGGCCCGAGCGGGCUGGGGGAGGGGAGCGUCGGGUCGACGGUUUUGGGGGUGAAAAGGCAAAAGGCGGGUGAAAGGCUGCCUCCCGAGGCUCUCCUUGCUUGGAAUUCUGCCCACUCUGCGAAGUUAGGAGUCACGACCUCCAGCACAGGUUCUAGGGAAGGAGUGACUGAUAUGUAGGUGAGCGUUCUUCUGGACGAGAGAAAGACCUCAUGAUUCCCCAAAUGGUUUGAAAAGUGAGAAGAAAAUUGUGCUGGACAUCUACUGAGCCAACCUUAAGGGAUGUGGUACCACAGAUUGUCCCACCUACAAAGCAGGCUUCAGGACUUGCUGAAGGGAGGAGUCAUAUAUCCAGCCCUUUCACAGCCCAACUUCAAAAGCUUACUUCCUUUAGCUGUCCAUUGGCACCAUACAGUCUCCAAGUCUCUGACUUGUGCUUGGCAGCAACAUGAAGAUCAUUUUGAGCUGAAAUAUGCUAAUACCGUGAUGCGCUUUGAUUAUGUCUGGCUUCGAGACCACUGCCGCUCAGCAUCGUGCUACAACUCUAAGACUCACCAGCGCAGCCUGGAUACUGCCAGUGUGGAUUUAUGUAUCAAGCCAAAGAACAUUCGUCUGGACGAGACCACACUCUUCUUUACUUGGCCAGAUGGUCAUGUGACUAAAUAUGAUUUGAAUUGGCUGGUGAAAAACAGCUAUGAAGGGCAGAAACAAAAAGUCAUCCAGCCUAGAAUACUAUGGAAUGCUGAAAUCUACCAGCAAGCCCAAGUUCCAUCUGUAGAUUGCCAGAGCUUCUUAGAAACCAACGAGGGACUGAAGAAGUUUCUGCAAAACUUUCUGCUCUAUGGAAUUGCAUUUGUAGAAAAUGUCCCUCCCACUCAAGAGCACACAGAGAAGUUGGCAGAAAGGAUCAGCUUAAUCAGAGAAACCAUUUAUGGGAGGAUGUGGUAUUUCACUUCAGACUUCUCCAGAGGUGACACUGCAUACACCAAGCUAGCUCUGGAUCGGCACACUGACACUACCUAUUUUCAAGAGCCCUGUGGCAUUCAAGUGUUUCAUUGUCUUAAACAUGAAGGAACUGGUGGCAGGACACUGCUAGUAGAUGGAUUCUAUGCAGCAGAACAGGUACUUCAAAAGGCACCUGAGGAAUUUGAACUCCUCAGUAAAGUGCCAUUGAAGCAUGAAUAUAUUGAAGAUGUUGGAGAAUGUCACAACCACAUGAUUGGGGUUGGUCCAGUGUUAAAUAUCUACCCAUGGAAUAAAGAGCUGUAUUUGAUCAGGUACAACAACUAUGACCGGGCUGUCAUCAAUACCGUUCCUUAUGAUGUCGUCCAUCGCUGGUAUACAGCACACCGGACUCUAACGAUAGAGUUGAGGAGACCUGAGAAUGAGUUUUGGGUUAAACUAAAGCCUGGCAGGGUCCUAUUUAUAGACAACUGGCGUGUCCUACAUGGCAGGGAAUGCUUCACUGGCUACCGCCAACUCUGUGGCUGCUAUUUAACAAGGGAUGACGUAUUAAACACUGCUCGCCUCUUGGGGCUUCAGGCUUAAAAUUGACAGCAUUGGGAUUAUGAAUACACCUGGCACCCCGGCUACCAGAAUUUCAUAUGCGCAGAAUAAUAUUUAAUAUUGUGUCAAACUCUACUUCAGAUUGUCUCCUUAUCCCAUCCCACAAAACAGAAGCUGUCCCUUUCUCUAGCAGGGGAGACUUGUUAGAGAGGGGGGACUCUGAGCUAUCUAAUGUCAGACUUCUAGUGGGGCAGCUCUCUUCCUCAUGUUAUAACAUGGAUCCACUUGUUUUAUUUAAACCUUUUAAUAUAAUUUUGGUCAAUCUCCUUCAGAAAUAUAAUCUCCAUAUUGAUAGGAAAGCAAUAAUUGCCAUGAGGUAGUGAUUUUUUUUCCCCCAAGUAGAUCAGUUAGAAAGAAAUGCAUUCUAGAAAUAACAAAAAUCCUGAUAAAGCAACAAUUUGCAAAAUUUUUGGUCUUAGGACACCUUAACACUCUUAAAAGUUAUUGAAGGCCCCAAGGAGUUCUUGGGUGUGGGUUCUAUCUAUUGAUACUAAUUGUUUUAGGUAUUAAGACUGGGAAAUAUUUAAAACUCAAGAACGCAGAAGCACACAUCCCUCAGCUAUCAGAGAGAUGACAUAACCAUAUGUCAUGUAGCCUCUGGAAAAGUCCUCUGUCUCCUCACGAGAUAAUGAGAGGGGGAGAAAAAGCUACUAUUGUCUUUGUAACUUCCACUUAGCCUACUACAGGGCUAUGCACAUCUGGGUUUCCAAAAGUCUGCUUAAUUUCAAAAGAAAAAUGCUUAAUUGAAUGUAACUCAUCUUGGUGUUAUUAUACAAAAUAAUUUUUAAUCUGCAGACCCACUAAAAAGGCCUCAGGGACUCCUCCAGGGGUCUUCAGACCAUAUUUUGAGAACCCAUGGGCUAGCGACUACCUUGAGACAGUCCUUUACAUAGGCCUGGGGAUUAAAGGGUUUAGCUGAAACCCUAGAUUUUUCUCUAUAGCCUAAUAGAACUCCAAACAUUAUAAGAAUUGCUGGUAGCAUAAGCUCAGGGAUAAGGUGGGAAUUGAGUUCAAAUAUAGUGUUUUAUCUUCGAUACAAAUCAUCUCUAUAGGAGUUAAAUUAGGAAGUCACAACAGCUCCUGUUGAACAAACUCAUCAGUGUGGUAAUCCUAUGAGGGAUAAUUGCAGAAAGGUUUUAGAGACUUGUGAGGUUCCAUAUGAUAAUUCUUUACACACACACACACACACCACCACCACCACCACCAAGAGAAGUACACAGGGCUAUCCUGUAAUAUUAUUCAGGGAAAUCAGCAUGAUAGAUGCCGUGCCUCCAGAGAGUUCUCUGGAGAUUACUACCCAAAUGUGUAUUUUGGCAAUUUGGUGGUAUUUAGGAUGUAAUAUGUUUUCCUCCAUUUCUGCUAAUUUUUUUCUUUCUCUCUCUGUCUCUCUCAUAAAAUACUAUACAUGUUAAUUACCAAGAUUUGAAUGAGUCAAAUUUAGUAGCUUGCUGCUUUUAUUUUUUAAAUAGCUUCUUUUAUGUAUGGGGGGAGGGCAGGUUAUGAAGCUUCUUUUCCCUCAGCUUUCAUUGAAAGUGAAGCUGUACAAUAACCACAUUGACCACUGUAGAAUGAUGAAAGAGAAUAUAGGCUAGGAUGCACACAAGAGGGGGGAAAAGGCAUUAUUAGUGAAGACAGGAGUUACAAAGCAAAGCAAAGUCAGUAUUCAGAUAGAGAAUAGAGCCUAAUCUGAUGUUUGCAGGGAGUUCCUAGAUCACAUUUGGCAAUUUACACAUUAUUUUAUUGAUACAUCCAGUGCUCCAAAAUGUGUUCCCAAAAUAUUUUGGCAUUUUAUUUGUACUAUAUAGGAAUCUUUAGGGGAGUCCAUGAAAUUUGUUUUCCUCAUAGGUCAAAGGACUGAUAAUUAACUUUGGUUCUUAAGGAGUAUGCCCUUUAGCAAGAAGAACAGCAAUAACAUUUUACCCUGAAGUUUUUCCUCUAUACCUACUAUUAUGCACUCCUAAAAUAUGUCAUCAUUAGUCUUCAUGAGGAUGUUUACCAUUUUUGAAGUUUUGCGUAAAUUAGCCUUGAAGAUUACACUAUAACUGAGGUCAGCAUUGGUUUACGGCCAGCAAAGGACAUGAUCAUGGCCCUGGAGAGAUGAGGACACAAAACAAAUCAAUUUCCCCACUUACUGAAGGACUCCCCUUACCUUCUGUCUCUCCUGACACCUUGACUCGUUAAUUAUUUUACCCUCCUUUUUGGAAAUUUGCAACCAAUCCUUCUCAACAAUGUACUCCCUUUGGUACACUGAAGAAAAAGAGAAGGGAAUUAUUUGAGUCCUGAUCCUGAUGCAUUGAAAACUUCCUAUGUGAGAUGUUUCUUUUUUUUACAGCUCUUCCAGGUGUCCCUGAGUAUAUAAGCAUGGGUCUAUGUCUACCAAGCUCACUGUAGAGUCACUUUUACCUUUUGCUAUGGUGGAAUGGGAUCUGUAGGGUCAGGAACACAGCACCUAACACAGUGCCUUAUGGACAGUAGUAUUAUAAUACAGAUGUAUUGAAAGAAUAAAUGAAUGAGUCCUUUUCAAACAAAUUCACCAGAAGUUA